GUAUAAAAGGAAUUCAUCGUUUUAAAACCACAAGUUGUAGAUACCCAAAAGGUGCUGAGGUGACAGCUUGUGCUUGUAGGUGUCAGCAACAUGGCACAUUUGGUAAGGUCAGCAGUGGUGCUCCUUUUAGUUGUCUCCAUCAGAGACACAUUUCAACAGAGAAUCAUAGGAGGUCAGGAGGUGAUGCCAUACUCCAUCAAGUACCAGGCGUCUAUCCAGUCGAGCGACAGACAGCACUACUGUGGAGGCACACUCAUUCACCCCCAGUGGGUGGUGUGUGCUGCCCACUGCUGGAGGCCGCCCUCUCUGAUGAAGGUAGUGCUGAGUGAACACAGUCUGGUCGUAGACGAGGGCUUUGAGCAAGUGUUCGACGUCGCCAAGAUUUUAGUGAACAACUACAACUACAGGACGUUCAACAAUGACAUCAUGCUCAUCAAGCUCAGUGAGCCUGCCAAGAUCACCGCCAACGUGCAGCCAGUCGAGCUUCCCGACGACAACACGGCACCUCUCACCGGGAGCACCACCUGUACCGUUAGCGGCUGGGGCGUGACCCGCAUCUAUGACUACUACCUGUCCCCUGUACUGCGAGCUGUGGACGUCCAAAUCAUCCCCUACUGCCAGUACUAUUACUACUGGAGGGUCACUGACAACAUGCUGUGUGCUGGUUCACGCUAUGGCGGCAAGGACUCUUGCCAGGGUGAUUCAGGUGGUCCUCUUAUCUGUAACAACAAGUUUGAAGGUAUCGUCUCAUGGGGUAUCAGUUGUGCCAAUCCAUACUUCCCUGGGGUCUACACCAAGGUGAGGAACUACGUCCCUUGGAUAAACUGGAUCCUCAACAACGAUGAUAGCCCCUAACGAGAUCCUGGGAGCAUAGCUGACUGACAAGGAUGUAGUUCUGCUUUGAAUUGAGUGAAGAUUAAUGGCCAAAGGAGGUUACAUAGACAAAAAUGUUAUCUCUUCAAAAAGUAAUUCCUGUUUGUACACAGAAUGCUCAGUAAAUCUACCAGAGACAUAGAGAGAAGGCAGGCAAGCAGCAUGACUAAUUAUCAGUGCAAUGCACAAAUGAGCAACCAUAUGUUCAACAUAUGACACACCUCUGUUCCCUAAUUUACUAAUCAAAUCAAAUUGUCAGAUGGAAGUAGGGGGCUGUGAUUUUGAAAAAGUAUUUACAGAACUCACAUGUUAGAAUUAUGACAUAAUUAAACAAAAUUUUGAAACGUGAGAGAGAUAUAGAUCAUGAGGACUGUAAUUAACCUGUGUCAAACCUGAACACAUUACCGUAGUUUCAUUGAUCAUACUGUUAAGUAAAACUAUUUUUAUCAGAUGAAAAUGUUUUAAGAAUAAAGAGGAUUUGAUGUUCUUAUGUCGA